GCUCCAGGUACCUGGCUACACACCGCUCUCUCUUCAUCAAUCCUAACUCUUCAGUCUCAGUUAUGCUCUGAACCCUGAUACACCACGAUUAGGUUGGUUGAAGACCUUGCCGGUGUUUUCUCGGAGGCAGUUAGGAGGAUCAGUGACGGAUCGGAGGACUCGGUCCUAUCUUAUCCUCGUCGUAGUUUUGACGAGGUUGAAAGUGAAUGUGUGAUCAGGGUUGAGGACGGGGAGGAGGGUGGAACCAUGCUCCGCUUUUUCAGCCGACGGAAGGCGAAGGGGAGAGCGGAGCAGAAAGUAAUAACUCCGGGUCGAAAACCCGUCUCUAAACCGAGUAAAUAUGUUAUAUCCUGUAAUAUUAUCCUCCUGGACGGAUCAGAUCUUCCACUGGAGAUUGGGAAGAAGGGAACUGGACACGAGCUUAUGGAGAAGAUCCACUGUCAGAUGGAUAUUGUGGAGAAGGAUUAUUUCGGACUCCAAUACACGGAUUCAAAUAAUGUCAGCCAUUGGUUGGAUCCAACUAAACUAGUCAAAAAACAAGUAAAAAUUGGCCCACCCUACACAAUGAGGAUGAGGAUCAAAUUCUACUCCUCUGAACCUAACUGCUUAAGAGAAGAAAUUACGAGAUAUCAGUUUUUCCUGCAGCUGAAGCAAGACCUGCUGACCGGGCGGCUAGAGUGCCCCUACGCUAUCAGUGUAGAAUUAGCGGCACUAGCACUUCAAUCUGAACUGGGAGAUUAUGACGAGGAUGUCCAUACUCCAGCUCUUAUCUCUGAGUUCAGAUUUCUACCAAACCAGAAUGAAGAAUUUGAAAUCGAUGUCACGGAAGCUUACAGGAGAAACAAAGGAUUAAGUCCAGCCCAGGCGGAGUUGGGAUACCUGAACAAAGCGAAGAAUCUGGAAAUGUACGGAGUGGAUAUGCACACUGUACUGGGCAAGGACGCUUCAGAGUACAGUUUGGGUUUGACUCCGACUGGAAUCCUCGUGUUUGAGGGAGAAACCAAGAUCGGUCUCUUCUUCUGGCCGAAGAUCACCAAGCUGGACUUCAAGAAGAAGAAGUUAACCCUCGUUGUGGUUGAGGAUGAGCAGGAGCAUACCUUCGUAUUCAGGUUGAGAAAUGAGAAGGCGUGCAAGCAUCUCUGGAAAUGUGCGGUCGAGCAUCACUCGUUUUUCCGGCUCCGGGCUCCAGUAAAGGGACCCUCGGCUCGACAGAACUUUUUCCGAAUGGGAUCAAGAUUUAGAUAUAGUGGGCACACAGAGUUUCAAAACGCCGUUGCCGGAGGUCGGGCGAGAAGAACGGUUUCGUUCGUCCGUACUCCAAGUCAGAGAUAUGCUCGGAGACAAUCCCAUGUUCUCCGGGAGAAGAAAAAAGCAGAGGAGAAGGUUUCAAUUCCGGAGACAGAGGCAACUAAAUCUUUGGCAGAGGUUUCAGUUCCUCUCUCCAAGCCGGCGGUGGUUGAUACGCCACGGGACUCCGCCCCCUCGCCCACCCUUGUGCUUAAUCUCUCCGCCUCUCCUAGCGCCACGCCAAGAGGCAAAUCCUCAACCACAAGUCCACGCUCUCACACGACUGAAAGUCCCAGGGACGGAUCUAUGAAUGAUCUGACUCCGAGAGCAGUUAAAUCUUUACCCAACACUUCAAGAGCUGGAACCACAGAUGAUGAGACAAGGUUGGAAACUCUUCUAAAUAUCAAGAUGGAUGAAUCUGAGACAAAAUCGUCCGUUCCAAAUAAUCAGAUUCCAACCCAGCCGGCCAAACCUUUGCCGGUGGAUUCUUAUAAGAAUAAUCUACUAAAAGCAAAGGCAGAAGAGGAGAUUAAGGCGGAGUUUAAGAAUGCAGAGCUCAGUUCCUCGGCGGAGAAUGUGAUAAGUCCGAGGAAGAAUUUGAAUCUCUCCAACGGUGAUUCACCAUCCAAAGAAAUUUCGGACAAGUCUAGCGCUACAUUUGUUUCAGUGGGUGGUGACAAGUUAACCCUGAGCUUGGGAUCCGGAAACACUAACCUGAUGGACCUGGAGUCGGUCAUUCCCAUCUCCACUCAACCCUCCAACCUGGAGCUUCUCUCCACACUUACAACUCCCAUUGCUCCAAUCUCAUCUCUUGGAUCUGGAGUUAACAACUUCACGUUCAGCUCCACUCUCAGUUCAGCUCUUACUCCCAUUUCAACCCUGACCUCCCCAAUGACCCCUCUCUCCAACCUCUCCGCUCCCCUGAACCCGUCCCAGCUCCCGGUCAGUAUUACACACUUUUCCGAGAACGGAGUAGCAGGACUGCAGAAGGAAACCUUGUUCUCCGACACCAUAUCCAUGAUGAACCCGACCUCAAACCCGUUCACGAACCCAUUUAUCAACACAACCACCAAUGACGAGAACAACGGUCAGAAGUUUGCCACCAUCGGUCGUUCCAACCCCUUUACAUAUUCGAACAAGAGCAAAAAUCCGUUUUUGGAUCGGUUGGACGCUCAACACCAUGGAAAUGGAGAACUGACUUCAGGUUCUCCGAUGUCUACUUCACCUGGGACUUCUCCGGAGGCAUCUCUUGAUCCUGUCUCCGAUAACGGAUCCAGCACUUCCACUCUUAAUAAAAUAGAGACAACAUUUGCCAGCAGCCAACCUGUGACAAGAUCUCUUUCCAGUGUUGGAACCAAACCUGGAAUAUCGAGCAGUCGUCUUCCAGUUCUAGCGACGAGUUUAUCAAAAACGAGUAUUCUGAACAACAGAAACACGCUGAACAACAAGUAUAACUCUGAGAACCUGGCGAACGGUCACAACUCCAACAUCAUUAACAACAACUCCAACAACCUCCAGGGGGACACAAGCCUUGAGGAGAUAUCUCCUUGGCUUGUUAAAGACAAUAUGAUCAUGAACAAAAAAAUGGACAAAUCCAAGAUUCCACUUUUAAAGACUGUUAUCACCACAGAAUUGUGAUAAACUGGAAAUAUUUAUUAACUAUAAGGAAAUCUGUACUAUGCAUUUAACAGGGGUGGGAGUAUAGUACAACAUGCAAAAUCCGCCAAUUGGAUCCCCAAAAACCGGUUCCCAUUUAGGGAUUAUCUAACCUGGAACCUAAGGUUUGUUUUCACGAUGGUUGAUAGUUUACUAAGCUUAACCAAGGUUUAAGCGGAGUUAAGCAUUUAUCAAUGUUCUUUAAUUCAUCCUAAAAUAUCCUCCAUUCGUCCUUAGAGAUCCGUCCUGGAAUCCUCCAUCCGCUCUUUAGACCUUAAUCCGUCCUUAAACCAUCCGUCCACGGAUUGUAAAAGAAUAAAGGUUCUUUGAUGAACCAAUUAUCCCAGAAAUAACCACCCUUAGUGAGAAUCUAUAAGUAUUAAUUCAAUCAAGUAAACCUGCUUUCAAUAAUAUCUAUAUUUAUACAUGAAUUUGUACAAUUUAUCGUUAUACAUUCUUCGUCCUGUCAUGUUGUAAAAUAAAUUGCUCGGAGCAAAUUUAAUUUUUGAAGAAAUAAAUUUUAAAUCUGAAA